UGUCUCAUGAAGUCACCGUGUCACCUCGAGAAGGAGGCGGUCCUGCGUUCUGGGAGCGGCGGUCUGACGUUGUAAACAUCUAGGUCUGGGAUUGUUGAUAAUAAAACAUAUAAACACACACACACAGUCAGACCGUCAGCAAUUCUUGAAACAAGUUGUCGACCAUGUACACCUGUGUGGCUGUCGCUGUCGUCGCCGUUAUCGUCGUCCUCGUGAACGGAGCGCCUUUAAAUAAUGGUUUACCUGCUGGCGAGGUUGACCAGAUGCGGAAGCCGCGUCCCACUGCCGACAAUGUGAUUGGUCACUACCCUAUCAAGAUGAUCCUUGACCUGCUGAAUGUUGACCACGCUGGCCUCGCUCCGUAUCUAAGGAGGGCUCGAAAGGACAGAAAACAGGAAAUUGGAAACGAACUCCUUAAAUUACAGUUGCAAGCCCUCCUGUAUGAAGAAAUUUCACAAUUUCCGAUCAAAAUGCACCUUUAAGACAUAUUAAAGGAGCGAGCCUUGGGAGAGGGAGUGCAUGGACAAGCCUAAUCGCAAUACAUCUGUGACAUGGAA